AAGAUGCUCAAGUACCAUGAAUGCUUUUUAUAUACUCCACUUUAAAGAAAUUGAUUAUUUAAUUCAAUUUUUACAUGAUUAAACUGAGUUUGUGCAGACGGUCGGCAGGGGGCGCUCGGGAGUCACGUGGCUGCCGCACAUUGAAGACGCCGUAGAAGAAGAGUUAGUAUUGUAAACACAAGGAUAUGGCUGACGAGAGGGGUGGAGGUGAAGACAACAUCAACGACAACAUGGGGAACCAGUUACAGCUCUUACCAGACAAUGAGGAGGAGGAGGAGGAAGAGGAAGAUGACAUGGAGACUGAAGACCGAGACAGUGAGGAGGCAGAGAAGCCCAGCGUCAUCACCUUUGACCCCAGUCUCCCCACGUCACAUGCUUACCUGGGCUCAGACAUGGAGGAGUUUCACGGCCGCACAGUCCACGACGAUGACAGCUGCCAGACCAUCCCUGUGCUGCCACACACGGCCGUGAUGCUGGUGCCGGGUCAGACGCUGCCUCUGCAGCUGUUCAGGCCGCAGGAGGUCAGCAUGAUGAGGAGCGUCAUCCAGAGAGACCGCACCUUUGCUGUGCUCGCACACAGCGAUGCAGGCGAGCCGGAGGCAGAGUUUGGGACAACAGCUGAAAUCUAUGCAUAUCGAGAGGAGCAGGAGUACGGCAUUGAAACUGUCAAAGUGAAAGCUGUAGGGAGGCAGAGAUUCAAAGUCCAUGAGAUAAGAACACAAGCAGAUGGGAUCAGACAAGCCAAAGUACAGAUCCUUCCAGAGAGAAUCCUUCCUGAUCCGCUGUCUGCCGUGCAGCUAACGCCCCUCUCCAGGCUGCACAUGCACCCCUCCUCCAAACCCCCGACUCAGAGCUGCAAACAGGCCCAGUGCUGGUGGAAUAAUUACCAACAGAGGAAGUUUCACUGUGCCACCCUGACGCCAUGGCCACCCUGGGUCUACGCACUCUACGACUCUGAGUCGCUCAUGAACAGAGUGAAGAAGCAGCUCCACGAAUGGGACGAGAAUCUGAAGGAUGACUCUCUCCCCACGAAUGCCGUAGACUUCUCCUACAGAGUGGCGGCCUGUCUGCCCAUAGACGACGCUCUGCGGCUCCAGCUGCUGAAGAUCGGCAGUGCCAUCCAGAGACUUCGCUGUGAGCUGGACAUCAUGGACCGGUGCACGUCACUGUGCUGUAAGCAGUGCCAGGACACAGAAAUCACCACAAAAAAUGAGAUCUUCAGCCUGUCUCUGUACGGCCCCAUGGCUGCGUACGUCAACCCUCAUGGUUACGUCCAUGAAACCCUGACUGUCUACAAAGCCAACAACCUCAACCUGGUCGGCAGGCCAUCCACACUGCACAGCUGGUUUCCAGGGUACGCCUGGACAAUUGCUCAGUGCCGAACCUGCGGGUCUCACAUGGGUUGGAAGUUCACGGCCACCAAGAAGGACUUGUCUCCGCCUCGUUUCUGGGGUCUGACUCGUUCAGCGAUGCUCCCCCGCAUCCCCCAAGGCAACGGGGACGAGGGGAGGGAGGGCUCUCGCCUCUUCUGCCUGUGAUGUCAGACCAUCAUUUCCCCUCAUUAAAAAAACAAACAAAAGAAAACAAAAAAAAAAAACCGCAACCCUCCCCCCAAGCCUUGAUUGUCAGCCGCUCUCUGGCUGCGAUUACUUUUAGUAAUCAAUGCAUCACACCCCGCCUGUCACCCCUGGCAGCAAAUCCAUCAUAUUAAUGGAAAGGUCAUUCAGCCUUUAAAUGGCACUCAAAUGACAACAGGUCGCAGGUAGUGAUUGUUCUUAAAGGCUCUUAAAUUGUGGACGCAGCAAUGAGACGACUCGGCGCAUUGUGAGAAAGUGAAAAAGAAAUGGACAGUAACAGAUUGAACAGAUUGAUGUCAUGACACGUGAUAGUCCUAGCAUGCAGCUCGCUGAUCUGCACCCCUGUCCAGCUGUUUUCUGGGUCACUGCAGAAGCACAGAAACACAGAAGCGAUGCUUAACGCAUUAUGCUUUUUACCUUUCAGCUCCUUUCCUCUGUGUGAUGGAGAGUGUGACUGCAUGCAGUUGACAUAACAGGCUGCUUCAGCCACUUUAAUCUGUUGUAUAACCAACCACUCAAUAUAAAUUCACUUGGCAUUCAGAUCCUCUGUGGGUUUCUCAGAAGAGUUUUCUGAUGUUAUCUAAGCUGCCGUAGGUCAGUGGAGGAAAACGUUGGCGUGAAAGUGCACUCAUGUAUGCGUAGACCUUUGAUGACAGCGGUUGUUUUGAAUCUCGAGAUUAAAUUGGAUGUAUUUUUGUACGCGAGAAGAUGGGAAAUUAAUAUACUCAUUCAUGUGUGGAAGUUAUGUGCUUUUUAUUAUCACACCAGUUUUUGUGUAAUAAACAACACACUGAGGAGACAAUGAUAGUGUGUAAUACACUUGAUAUAAUCGGGUUUUGUAUUCCACGAAGGCUCAUUGUCUUGUCAGAUAAUGUGCUUCAGGAAAUUAGCAUUAUCUCUGAUUGCACAGGUGCCUAAUGGCAGACCGUUUUUUUUUUUUUUUUAAAAAAGGUCAAAGCUGAUUAA